AUGAAAUUCAAAUUGUUUUUUCUUUUUUGUCUUGUUUUCUUGGUGGGUCAGCUGGACAGCUUCCCUCAACAAGGUAAGUGGUUGUUUUCUUCUCAUUUAUGCUUAAUGAUUCCGGAAGUACGUAUCCAUUAUUUUAAGCGAGAUUGAAGAAACAAAACUCAUAAGUGGUUUACUCAUCAUUUUGAUGUAGCGGAUUUCUGUACUGCCGAGCUUGGUAUUACCUGUUUCGUGUCAUCAAAAUUUAAGGCUUUUUCCUCGUUUAUAUUCAUGUUUCGGUCUUGACAUGCUUAAACGGUUUUUUACUUUUACAUUUGGGUUUCAAAUGACAAGCGUCGACGCAUGUGGCUUCACUUUUGUGUCCAAAAAUAAUUAUCUCCCCUUUCUAACAGGUGUUUUAAACUUGCAAAUUGGAUUCGCUUCGCCUAAAUUUACUGUGAACUUUUUUGAUAUCAAGAACUUUAUGGCAGUAUUCAUUUACGAGUGAUUACGACAUGUGAUCUUUGAAUAUGCGAUUGAUCGUUGACCUGAAACAUUGUCACUAAAACUUAAUAUAAAUUUAUUCAAAAACAAAAGAAAAUGAAAAUGAAAUAUAUAAAGAAGGAAAGGUAGUUUAUGCACUAUUUCUGAGAGUGGCAUUCCGGUAUUUUGAGUCAAAUUUCUGGAUGGAAGACCGACUUCAUGCUUCGCUAGGAGAAACAUCUUUGAAAGACACUUCCCGUAGGGUCUUAUUACUGUCCAAGUAAUCGAACAGGAUCCACUACUACCAACAACAACAGCAACAACAACAAGGAAAACGUUUAAAUCACCAAAUUGUUGUCUCAGUAACCCCUCUUUGCUGCCAAGUCAAUAACGACGUAAUAUGAAUAAUAAACUUUUUUUUUUUUUUAAUUCAUUCAUUUUUGAAGGUGACCCUGAUCCUUAAUAUUGCAUUACGUUAAUAGAAGAUAAAUUAUUCAUACACCGAAUGCAAAUAUGGCGGACCUCUCGGCCGGCCCUGGUCUAGUUGCGCGAAAGCGAGGCUAGUGAGGCCUCAAGAGUUUUGUUUUAACUGCGCGUCUUAGCGCAGAAACAAAGGAUUCAUGCGAUUCGGCGCGGCAAUGGGAAGCACUUUACAGCGAAAGUGUGCUCGCUUAACUUGCUUUAGAUGAGAGGACUCACGAAAGUAUUUGAAUGAAAUGAUUUUCACAAGAGAUGGUGCUGUUCCAAGAUGUUUGCAUGGUCUGUUAUUUAUCCAACAAAAGGUAAACAUUCUCGAGAACGGGAGCAUCCGCUGUGGACUGCAAGAUCUUUUAGAUUUCACGUUGAAAACAGCUGCAUUAAAGUAUAACAACAACAAUAACAAUCGCCUGUUAAUCCUACAAGCGUGGCCUGUGAAACUAUGCAAGAACCUGAAGAAAGCGACAUAUUUCAAGAACAGUCCUUGACCAAAGUGCACUGAAAAAGCUAACAGAGGAACCGUUGCCAACUAAGAAAGUAAGAAAAAGGUUCUGGCAGAGAAAGAGCGUGCAAGUAUUCACCUUGCGCGUGAUCUAUUUUAGCAACUUGUCGAAUGGUUUCGAGAUAAACUAGCAGCGAUUUUCCAAAAAUUGCUUCUUUAUGGCACUACUCAAACUCUUAAACACAGGAUCGUGAAGACUGUGAAAACACUCGGCCUUGUUGUAUGUCGUUGUGUCCCUGAGAGCGCCUAAAGAUUGGUAAGUGGCAACGGCAGAUCCAUUCGUUCUCCAUUCGUUUUCCUUGGUAAGAGAACGCCGGGACAAAGCAAACUUGAAACAGAACCAUGAAUCUUUCAGCUAUUCACCCAUUCUAAUAGUUUCGUGAGUCUUCUCUUCUGAAGUGAGGCGAGCAAACUUUCCUUCUUUUAACUCCGUGAUAGUAAAGUGCCUCCAUUCGCCUCGCCGAAUCGCUUGAAUCCAUUUCUUUCUUCGUAAAGAACCUUGGCAAAGCGAAGAAAAUCAACUUUCGCGUCUACUGGAGUUAAAUCUCCUCUUUGAUGGCUAUUAAGCACAUAGCAACUCGAAGGAAACCAUAUUGAUCGACUGAAUCGCUAAGACGCGCAGUCAAAAACAAAACUAUCGUGGCCUCACUAGCCUCGCUUUCGCGCAACUAGACCCGGGCCGACCGAGAGAUCCGCCAUAUUUGCAUUCGGUGUAUUAAGAAUUCAAUGAAAUUAAAACUCGCAAAUUCUAAAAGGUGAAUCUUUGGUUAAAGUAAAGUAUUAACUACAUGCAUACAAUAAUAAUGGUAUUAAUGUUUGCGUAUGCCAUUUCUUUUCCUCGCUGCUACGUUACCCAUUUGCGAUGAAGAUCACCAGUGUUAAUUAGACAUGGACUUCUUUUUUACAUUUUUUUUUUUUUUUUUUUUUUUUUUUUUUGCUUUUAUUACUACGUGCAAAUAUUAGAACCAGAGGAAACCGAGGAACCGGAGGAAGAAACCGAAGAACCCGAGGGAGAAACUGAAGAACCCGAGGGAGAAACUGAGGAACCUGAAGACCCUGAAGAAACAGAGGAACCGGAGGAGACAGAGGAACCCGAGGGGACAGAUGAGCCCGAAGAAGCCGAAGUGUAG